AAAUAAACAUAAAUAAUCGACUUAUAAUUUAAAAAAAAUAUCCCAUUUUCGCAAGAAAGAAAAGAAAAUUUUAUUGUUUUGAAGAAAAAUAGUGUUUGAAAGAAAAUUCUCAGAUAUUUUAUAAACUUUCCUAUAUAUUUCCACUUAACAAAAAACAAGCAAAUAUGUUCGAGUGAAUCACACUUUAGUUCAAUUCCCCAUACAUUUAGGCGAUAAAUUCCACUCUGAUGAAAUCACUUGAGAAAUCUCGGUGCAAAAUCCACGUGCAAAAGCUUGUUGGGAAUGCAAAGAACCUUAAUUGGAAAAUCUAGAAUGACUAAUUUAAUUGAUUGGAAUUAAUUAAGAAUGGAAUAAGAGCGCUACGCUCUUUUUUCGCACCUGAAAAUCUUUUUUUUUUUCUUCACCGGCUCUUUGUGUCACCCCCGAUAGCAUGCACUUUCCCCACCCGCCUGCAUGUACUUAUAAAAAGCUUUCGCUGGAGAAAUUGAGCUUUCAGUGUUUAAGAGUUUGCGGAGAAAUCCAACUAAUUGUCGUGAGUGCUUUUUCGAAAGGUGUGUGAAGAGCGCGAAAAUGAGAUUCCAUGUUGUUGUUCUGGCCGUUCUCGUGGGAGCUGCUUGGGGAAAUCCUGUUGGGAACUUCCGAAAGGACAUCGAUGAGAUCCUUUCGCUUCUUCCCAUUGAGAAAAUGAGACAAAUUGCCGAGGACUACUAUCAUACAGAUGGAGAAAUUCAGGAAAUUGUCACGUACCUCAAGGGGGAUGAAGCCAAGAAGAUUUAUUCGGAAAUAAUGUCCAUGAAGGAAGUGAGGGAGUUUGUGGAAUUUCUCGGUAGUCAGGGACUCAAAACUGAGAGAUUUGCCAGCCUUGAGGAGCUCCUGCGUCUCCCGAAGGAAGCUCCUGAUGCCACAAAAGCCUCCAUGCCACGAACUGGUGGACUAUUGGGACUCAUCUCUGACAUCAAAGACUGUCUGCCACAGAAGGAACUUCGCAGAGUGCUCGUUCGUAAGCUUACCAACAGCCCUGGAUUUGCAGCUGUCUACAAAAGAAUUCAAGACUUUGAUUUUGUCCAUCUUGAGGAGUAUGCCAAUCAGUCUAAGGAGAUUGCAGCUUUCGUAAAACGUAUGAAUGGCUAUGGUAUUGAUGUUGAUAAACUUGUAAAGCAAUUUGCUGCUCUCGUUGGAUGGCAUAAAGAUUCAGAUGAUGAUUUUGAUGUAGUCGAAUGAAAUCAUUGCAUAAAUUGCAUUUUUUUAAUUGAAAAAAAAAUAUGUUGAGUAAAUAAAUAAUCUCAAGUAUGUAAA